UACGAAAUAAAUAGGUGUUGCCUAAACCACUGUGCUUUGCUGUACCAUAUUCUAUUUCCUUAUUUACUCAUACAAAAUAUAUUGUUCUUUUGUUCGAAUUUAAUCUGAAAUAUAUGAUGGCCCUGGGUUUUGGGAAAGGCGUUGCUAUUUUUGGAGCUUCUAUUGGCAUUUUCUUCUUCAUCCUCUCUUCUUCCGCAGAGAAAGCCCCGUACGAGUCUUUCGCAAAGAACGCAAUGUUAGCUCCGGCUAUAAAUUAUUAUGACUACAUAAUCAUUGGUGGUGGGACUGCCGGUUGCCCGCUAUCGGCGACGCUCUCCGUUGCUGCAAAGGUACUACUUCUCGAGAGGGGCGGCCUCCCGUACGACAACCCCAACGUUACCAACGCAAAAAAUUAUCCGAAAGUAGUGAAAGACACCUCCGCCUCGCAGAUGUUCGUUUCCACGGACGGUGUUUUCAACCAUCGUGGUCGCGUGUUGGGCGGAUGCUCCGCCAUCAACAGUGGGUUCUACACCCAUGCCAGUUGCGAGUACGUGCGAGAGGCGGGGUGGGACCCACAACUCGUGAAUGAGUCGUAUGAGUGGGUGGACAGAAAGGUCGCAUUCCGGCCGUGGUUGCUACCGUGGCAAGCGGCGGUGAGGGACGGCCUACUGGAAUCUGGAGUGUCACCGGACAAUGGAUUCACAUACGAUCAUCUGCAGGGGACCAAAAUUGGGGGUACAACCUUUGAUGAAAAUGGGGUUAGGCACUCUGCUGCUGAUCUAUUGGAGUAUGCCCAUCCCGCCAAUAUUACUAUAUACUUGCAUGGACUGGUGCAUCAAAUCUUAUUUAGGACCCAAUCAGGGCAAAGACCCAAGGCAUAUGGAGUCGUGUUCAAAGACUCGGAAGGUAAAACGCACGAGGCAUAUCUAAAUAGUGGGCCCACAAAUGAGAUAAUUGUAUCAGCUGGCGCAGUGGGCAGCCCACAGCUUUUGAUGCUGAGCGGUAUCGGGCCGGCCCAAACACUACGGGCCUUGGGAAUAAGCAUAGUAUUGGACCAACCAAUGGUGGGGCAAGGCAUGGCUGAUAAUCCACGAAAUAAUUUGAUAAUUCCUUUACGUAAGCCCAUAGAUAGAUCCCUCGUUCAAGUAGCCGGCAUAAGCGAUAACGUCGGUAACUACAUAGAAACAUACAGUGGAUACAUAGAGGCCUAUUCCCUUCAACAAUAUGCAAAUGCGACAAACCAGAGCAUGGAGUGGUUAACAAUUCCCAGCAAGCAAAGCAUCAAUGAAUCCGAAGCCGGAGUCCUUCUUGAGAAGAUAAUGGGGCCGCUCUCAACUGGUCAUAUGGAGCUCCAAAGUAUGGACCCGAAUGAAAAUCCAAAAGUGACAUUCAACUAUUUCAAGGAUCCUAAAGAUUUGGAGAGGUGCGUGGAAGGCAUGGAAAUGAUAAAAAAGGUGGUGGAGUCAGCAGCCAUCUCUGAGUUAGGAAGGCACAAUACCUCGUUUGAAGCUCUAAUGGAGUUAAUGUUGUCACUUCCAAUCAAUAUGAGGAAGAAGCAUCCCAAUGCAACUCAUUCGUUGGAGCAAUUCUGCAUGGACACGGUCGUCACUAUAUGGCAUUAUCAUGGAGGUUGCCACGUGGACCGCGUCAUCGAUCGUGAUCAUAAGGUGAUUGGUGUGGAUGCCUUGCGCGUCGUUGAUGGCUCCACUUUUUAUGACUCGCCUGGAGCUAAUCCUCAGGCCACCGUUAUGAUGCUUGGAAGGUAUAUGGGCUACAAAAUCCUACAGCAGAGAAAUUCUGAAAAAGAGAGUAAUUGAUAAAAUAUACAUAUAUUUCUGAAUAUGGAAAAAUAUAAGAACUACAAAUAAACAAGCAUAUAUUACAAUUAUUUUUUUUGCGUGUAACUUGAGCAUAUGAAUUAGCUUAUGUUUGAAUUGUAUCAGUUCUAUGAUACUUAAGAAAAUAUAAAUUUAGUGAUAUAUGAUAAAUGUUUUACAUAAGAUUA